AUGGCGGCGUCCAGGGCGUUCCUGCGCCUGGGUGCCCGAGAAUGGAAUGGGAGAGCCAAGGGCAUCCAUAGCAAGAGUGAGUGGGUGACCCCAGACAGCAAUCCGAAGAGACGAACGCUAUUACAGUUCCUCUCAGACCACUUCCAUGACAUCCAGGCUCUGAGAGAGUAUCUGCUCCAGAAGCAGGUAUCAAAAGUGAACCGGAAGAAUCGAUCCUUCCCUAACAUCCGGGAGAAAUAUGGCCCAUAUGUCGCAGGUGCCCUCUUCAUCCUGAAACAGGGAGGCGCAGUGAAGUUUCAGGACAAGGAGUGGAUCCGGCCAAAUGACCGUGGCCAUUUUCCUGCUGAGUUCCUGAAGUUCCAGGAGGUACCUGUGGAGGCUGUGGAUGCCAGUGGCUGUGCCAUCAACUACCAGGGCAUGAGUAACCUUUUGCCCCUGAAGGAGCUGCGGUCUCUGUCGCUGCAGCGCUGCCCCAACGUGGAUGACUGGUGCCUCAGCCGCCUCUACCUACUGGCUAACUCCCUGCAGGAGCUCUCGCUGGCCGGAUGCCCCCAAGUCUCAGAACGGGGCCUUGCCUGCCUCCACCACCUCCAGAACCUCCAAAGGCUGGACAUCUCAGACCUCCCUGCUGUGUCCCACCCAGGCCUCAUUCAGAUCCUGGUAGAAGAGAUGUUGCCCCAUUGUGAGGUCCUUGGCGCUGACUGGGCCCAGGGCCUGAAGCUGGAGCCAGACCAGCAGCCUCAGGACACAUCUAGCCCAGCCUCUCCCUAGCCUGUAGCCCCACUCUCGCAGGAUCUCGUGAGGCUCUGUGGAGUGUGAUGUCUUCCCACUCUGGCUUCCAGUGGGGUUCAUUCAACAGAGCAUUGGCAAAUAAGAAGGCCGAGUCAGGGUUUUGACUGGUGUUUGCCUGCAGCUGGCAGACUGUCGCCAUGGCAGACAGCUCUCCAUGCACAGCUGCGUUUGCCUGCAGCUGGCACAGUGUCGCCAUGGCAGACAGCCCUCCAGGCACAGCUGCUCACAGCUCCAUGGUUUCUCAUUAUCCCUGUUUGUCAACAACAUCCCCCCAAACUGUCCACAUGCAUGUCCCCAGCAACUGUGGCUGACAUGAGAUACUGCUGGCCCUUUACAGUGGUUGGUUCCUCCUUGUACAGGGUUGGUCAGCACUACAGGUGGCCAGCAUCCUUGGCCCACAUUCAUUAAAGGCCAGCAGCACCCCAAGCCCCAUGGCAUCACCCAUUGAUUUACUGACUUGUCAAAUGUGGUUUCCCUGCUCUGUGAAAAUGUGAGCUGAGCGGCUGGGAAAAUGGUUUCUUCAGCUGGCACAACAGACUUCGUCAGUAGAGGAUGCUGGAGAUAACCCAGAGGGGUGGCUAGGACUGCAUGGAGCCUAAAGUGGUUCUCCAGCUCCCAGAUUGCUGGGUGGUUGGCACCCCUGUUGUCUGUGAAUGACUCCUGGUGUCCAUGUUACCAGUGCCUGUCAUGACUAACACACCAUACAAGUGUAUGAUUCUUUAUAUUAAACUUUCCCUGUUCACAUUA